CUCACGCUCAGCGUGUUACAGUAUCUGCCACUGUUUGUACCCAUCAGCGAUGUUGUGGGCGGUGCUGAUUCUUUCACUUCUCCAAAAUUCAGUUCGCAGUUCUGUAGUCAACUCACAAGAAGCUCUAUCUUUUCAACCAAUUGCCAGUCUUCCGGUUGCCAAUGCAAGUAAAUCUUUUUGGAUCGACACUCCUGGUGCAAAUUUACUCGGGAAUGAAGGCAGCAUAGGUCCUUUAACUGAAGAUGCUGAUGUCUGUAUCAUUGGUGCUGGGAUGACCGGUAUAUCUGCUACUUAUCACCUAGCAAAAGCAAUGGAGAAGCUUGGUUUGGAAGGAUUAUCUUUGGAGGUAAAAGCUGUUGUGUUGGAAGCAAGGGAAUUUUGCUCUGGAGCGACUGGGCGUAAUGGGGGACAUCUCACACCAUAUUCGUUCUUUAACUACCGAGAAUACGAAGAAAAAUAUGGGACCAUUGAAGCGUUAAAGUCGCUUCAGAUCGAGAAUCGUACCGCCAUGGCCAUGGUUUCAAUCAUCCAAGAGCAUCAAUUAGCUGAUGUCGUCGACCUCGUUGCCGGUGGGCAUUUGAUGCUCAUUUCUUCGGAGGAGGAAUACGCAUCGCUCAAGGAAGAGUAUCUUGCUGCCAGUAGAGCAGGGUUAAAUGUAGGAGAUGUUGAAUGGUUACCCGAAGAGGAUGUCGACAGAAUCUAUGGUGCCUCUUACUCUGCCGUCAAGUUUCCAGCUUUCAACUUUUGGCCACUUAAAUUCGUUACUCAGUUAUAUCUUCUUGCAAACUCUUCUACUCCGCAUUUCUCUCUUUCCCUCCACACACAUACCCCCGUUACUUCCGUCACACCACUAUCUUCCUCACGUAUCUGGAGCGUCAACACCUCUCGCGGUUCCGUCAAGUGCUCGCAUGUCUUACAUGCCACAAACGGCUAUGCUAGCCAUCUGCUUCCCCAGUUUGGCGGUCCGAGUGGGAUCAUUCCAACGAGGGGACAGAUCGUUGUCAUGCGGGCUGCUACGCCUGUGAACGAUUCUUGGAAAGCAUCAUGGGGUGGCUUAGACCACUAUUGGUUUCCGCGACCAGUGAAUGGGUCUAUUUCCGAUCAUGGCCCAGAGGACGAGAAAGAGAAUCCUGUGGUUAUUCUUGGAGGUGGGCGACACAUUGGAGGUCCCGCUUUUGAGCAAUACGAGACAGAUGAUUCGGUGGUAAAUACCGCCCUUGGUGAAGAGCUACGUGCGUUUCUUCCCGAGACGUUUCCGCAUAUGUUCAAUAAAGGUGAAGACGCGGAAAUGGAAUGGACAGGUAUCAUGGGAUAUACGUCAAUGGCUGACCCGUUCGUUGGUCCGGUCGUUGAGCAUUUACAGUCAGGCGCUACUUCGGGAAUCUUUGUUGGCCAAUAUAUCGCCGCAGGGUAUAGCGGGCACGGAAUGCCAAGGGCUUUCUCCUGCGCCGAAGCCAUCGCGAAUAUGAUCAUAGCUGCCAUCCAGAAUAGAUCUUGGUCUACGCCUGAGUGGCUGCCCAAAAGGUAUCUCACAAGAAAUAGGAGUCAGGAGAAGAAUUGAAUAUCGACGUGGGGGUACCGUUCUACCAGUACUGUUUUACAUCGCCACCACUGUAUGUUUACUCCGCUCAAGGAAAUAGAAGCAUUAUGGUGUCGUGUUGAGAGAACUUCAUUUGUACGAAGAACAUGUCUACACCAUCUGAACGAUAUUCCUUUUUGCAAUUCUUUUACACUACAUAGGAUAUUUAUGUUCGAAAACAAAUGAAGAGUCCUUAUCUCAUGUCAAUUUCCGCAUCGAAAUCCGCUACCAAACUAGUCCCUCCGGCCCACCACUGUGUU